AUGCACAAUCAACUUGUCACAGUGCUCAUCUUGCCGAUUGUCGGCUGCAUCUGGCUGCAUUCGGCUCAGGUCGGCGCACAUCACGCUCCAACACAGAUAUCUAUUUAUUACGAAACGUUGUGUCCCGACUCGAGACAGUUUUUUCUUAAGCAACUAGCCCCGACUUAUGAAAAGUUAAAUCGGUAUAUGGACGUUGAGCUGGUUCCCUUCGGACAUGCAAACGUCAGCUACCCUCGUCAUGACAACAAGCCAGUUUUUCACUGCCAACAUGGACCACAAGAAUGUUACGGUAACCGAGUACAAGCCUGCACCAUUGAGCUGCUUAAAGACACAUCAGUAUCGCUGAAUUUCGUAAAGUGCAUGUUUGCCCAGAAAGACUGGCACAACACGCAAGCAACGGCAGAAACGUGCUCUAACCAGCUCGGACUUGACUGGCCCAAAAUCAAAAGUUGCGCUGAAGGUAGCGAAGGAGAACGCUUGCUGAUUGCCAACUCCCUGAAAACAUUCAAUCUCAGCCCGGAACACAACUACAUUCCGUGGGUUGUCAUUGACAAAGCGCACACCACCGAGUUGCAGAGACAGUCGGAGAGUCAUUUGCUAAAGUUUCUCUGCGAUAACUACUUCAGUCAU